AUGCCCCAAAAAUCGCUGAGCACGACAACCCUUGCACUUCGUUUCAUGCAAAAUGGCGCACACAAGCAGAACACGGAACAGCAGAAGGUGGAAAUAGAACAAGCACACGUAAAAGAUGACGCAGAAUGGGAGGUGUCGGAGGAGGUGAGAAGGGCAUGGGGAGUGGUCCAUGGAGGAGACGAAGACAGGAAACGUGUGACAUAUGAGCAGUCCUACCUUCCAUUUCUUUUCCCAUCGCUCUCAGAUGGGGAGAAUGAAAGGGUUCGCGGUCAUGAGGGGAGAUUACAUGCCGGAAUGAAGAACACGGUAUCCCUACGCCCACGAGGUCGUCGUACUUUUGGUAAACACGGUCGAGAAGUUGCUCAGGUGCCCGACACAUCUACCGCUUCUCCAAGGAAACUUGGUCGCCUCAAAUCUAUCUCAUCGUUUGGAAAACCACAGUCGUCGAAAAAAGGGAGGGAAACAACUUCGGACGAAGGCAUGGAGAUUGAGAAGCGGGAAAGGGACCCUUCGAAGACCGCCAAGAACGUCAUACGAGAUAUCUCCGGUGUUGGCACGGAUCUACGAGCACAGCGUCCCAGUGGGUUUAUGAAACCGCAAGGCGUCGAUGCCCCUGUUCGGGUCAACGUAAAGGAGGAGGAUGGGUCACCAUCUUCGUCCAUGUCAUCCGCAGCUGUGGAUUUGACUGUGACGCGAAGGAAGGACAAGGUGAAAAUGAAGCGCGCGGGCGAUGCAGUCAGGCUCGAAGGACGAGAUGGACCGACGAAGAAAAAACCGAAGCUCGAGGUAAUUGAGUAG